UUGGGUGUGAAUAAAAUUCAUCCAGUAAUCGGCAAAAUAUCCAACGAUUCCAAAGGCAGGCCACAAUCUCAUCGAGAUUCAGUUCUUAAAAUUGGAAGAAGGGCGUAAUACUGAAGAAAGAAGAAGAUCUCUCUGAAUUCACAACAACAAGAACCAGAGAGAGCGCGAUGGAUCAGCCUGCUGUGGAGAAUUACGCGAACCCGAAAACAUGUUUCUUUCAUGUGCUUUUCAAGGCUGGAGCUUUAGCAUUCUACAUACUUUCAGCGCUUUUCUUUAAUAGUUUUGUGAUCAUUUUCGUGGUUACGGUACUACUUGCUGCUCUUGAUUUUUGGGUUGUCAAGAAUGUCAGUGGACGAAUAUUGGUUGGUUUGAGAUGGUGGAAUGAAAUCAAUGACCUGGGUGAAAGUGUCUGGAAAUUUGAGUGCCUUGACCAAGAGUCAUUGUCUAGGAUGAACAAGAAGGAUUCAUGGCUAUUCUGGUGGACACUCUACCUUACUGCGGUUGCAUGGAUCUUUCUUGGGAUAUUUUCUGUUAUAAGAUUCCAACCAGAUUAUGUCCUUGUUGUCGGAGUUUGUUUGACCUUAAGCAUUGCUAAUAUUGUUGGCUUCAGCAAGUGCCGCAAAGAUGCCAAGAAACAGAUUCAAGCAUUCGCCUCCCAAACAAUUGCAAACCGCUUUUCAUCAACGAUACAGUCAGCAUUCAGCGUUAUCUGAUUCCGUCAUCUAUAGAUAAUCAAAAUACUACUGGAGCUUGCAAGAGGAGUGGAAAGCGUUUACGUGAAUUUUUCGUGUUUCAUCACCCUGGUUACCUUGGUGUGUUCUUGCUUAGACUUGUGUAGAAAUACAUAGAAAAGAAAGCAUCAUUUUCUGUCUGCUUUCAGUAACUCCAAAAAAUAGGAUUGAACAUUUUAUAAAUGUGUAUGCAUUUGGAUGUAAAAGAUAGUAAGAGUGUACAAUUUGAUCUCCUAACGAUUUUGUAUAACUUCUAUCAUACUCGUAUAAACUACUGCCAGCCCUCUUGUUAUGUGGAA